UACCGAACGAUCUAUCUCAGGAAUUUCUGAAAAACAUUUCUAACCAAUAUCUCGAUAAAAAGUUGAAUGUGGUUGAGUAGAACAAGGGAAAAUGUUAUAAUACUUCAUAUUUACGUUACUAAAUGAAGAAGACUCACAUUAAUUAUGCCUCGGCAGAAAAAUGGUAUCAUAUCGGCGAUGCCUCUCCCUGCUGGCUGGGAAGAAGCCAAGUCAGUAGAUGGGAAAACAUUUUUUAUCGAUCAUAAUUCAAAAAAGACAUCAUGGAUCGACCCUAGGGACAGACUUAUCAAGCCAAAAACAUUUGCUGAUUGCAUAGGACAGGAACUACCUUUGGGCUGGGAGGAAUGCACAGAUGCAAUUCUUGGUACCUAUUAUAUUGAUCACAAUUCUGAAACUAAUCAAUUAGAAGACCCUAGGCAACAGUGGCAUGAAGAACAAGAAAGAAUGUUGCAGGAAUACCUGGCUCGUGGUGAAAUGGAUCUUGAGGCACAAAACGGAAUUUUAAGUGUAAAACAAAGGCGGUUACAUCUUGCGCAAGAGAAGGUGGACUACUUAACAAAUCAGCUUGAAAAAUAUAACAAGGAACAAAAGGCUUCUACAGAUACCAAAGAAGCUAAUGAAAUCAUGGAUAAAUACAAUGUGUUUCAAUUAAAAGAAGACAUCAGCUGUGCUAGAGAAAGGGUGGAUAAUUUGAAACGUGAAUUACACGAAGCCUCUGAUGAAGUGCGCCACAAAAAGGAUGGAAUAACCAAGUUAGAACAAAUCAAUCAAAAUUUGUCUGAGAAUGGUCCAUUUGAGUUAGAUGUGGCUCGUGAAAAAGUUUCUGAGAUGAAAGAGGUCAAGGAACAACUACUUAUAGGGCAACAAGAGAAAAUCCGAAUUCUUGAAGAGCUGCUUCGGCAAAGAGAUGAAUGUCAAAUAUCUGAAUUAAACAAACAGGAAGGAGGAUCAACCUCGAGUUUAAAUAGUAUUGAAAGCGGGACAGCUUCGUCUUUUACUGGCAGCGAAGAGAACGUCGUGAUGAACAUGACCAAGCGGCAGCUACGAAAAGACUAUCAGGUUGCUCUGCAGUAUGUUAACGAGCUUCACGGCCGCUUGGAAGUGAUUGAUUACAAACUGGAGAUGAACGAGAACGGCCCUGAGCAGCACCGUCUGAUGCUUUUUAACGAGAAGGAAGCUCUCCUGUCCGAGCUGGAAAAAUUCGAUAGUUACAUCAAGACAGAAGAAGCCAGAAUUCAAUUGGAAUACGAAAAAGAAAUGCUUUUAUCCGACCUGGCAUCCACGAGGGAAUUAUCAACUAAAGUAAUUAAGGACAGGUUGCAGUUGGAAGACGAAAAGAGAAUUAUUAAACAAAGAAUAGCUGAAAAGACGAGACAGACAAAUCUUUUAGAAUCUAGAUUAAAAAGCUUCUCUUCGAGUACUUUAUCAUUAUCGUCAAAUUCAAGUCGCGGAUCACUUUCAACUGGAAGCCGUGGUUCGCUCUCUACUUCUAGUCGUGGUUCAUUAAACUCCUUAGGUUUGCAUGCUGAGAACGGAAGUGAUCAUUAUGCAAGUUUAUACCAGUUUCAAUCUGCCAACUGUCCACCCAUAUACGAAACACGUAUUCUUGCGACCAAAGCAGAAACCACGAACGGUUUAGCGUCUACCUCGCCGGCAUAUUCUACUAGUUUACCACAGUCCGUACCGUCGACCUCUCCACCUAUUUCUCCACAUAAUGCGAACAGCUGUCUGGAAAGUCUCCAAGCCUCUUUAGCCUUAAGAAAAUACUCUCACACCUCGAUUGCAUCCUCUAUACAGACAAAUGGAUCGAAUGAACGACUCCAUAAAAACUCCGACGACCUAUCAUACAUGAGUUAUGCAAAUGUUCCAGUAGCGUCGUACCAAUAUACCAUGGGUGGGUCCUCAGACCUACCGCAUCAAAUUAACAGAUCUGUCUAUAACGCUGCCUCAAACGAGUCUGUUGCAGCCGAUAGUGGUGUCUUCGAAGCUUCGUCACAGCGUCAUAAAAUCUCGGUUACACGACAGGAUAGUGGUCAUUCCAGUGGAAUAUUUUGCAGUGAUGAUAAUAUUGAGACAGCCCAAAUACGUGUCGGACUCGAUUAUUUAACAAAGGACAUGAAAUUAGUCGUAUCUGUCGAAAAGGGACGAAAUAUCAAGACGUUAUGUUUUAAUUCUUACAAAUACAUUUAUUUGAAAGGAAGGUUAUUGCCGAGCUCGAACGAAGAGAAAUUGAGAUUUCGAACGCGAAAGUCGAGCCAGAUGAAUUGCCCGUCUUUUACAGAACAAUUCUUAUUUAAAAUUGAUAGAAAUAGACUUUUAAACAAAACUUUACAAUUAGAUGCUUUUGGAAUGUUAGCUGAAGACCGAAAAGAAGAGUGCCUGGGAGGUGUUCAAAUUAGCUUAGCAGACUUCGACUACAGUAAAAAAAUUGCGUUGAAAUGGUACAAUCUUCUCAGCUCGUCUUUUAUGGAAUCGAUGCGAAACAAUCAUUCUUUGGCACGCUCUGUGUCUUCUGUAUCGCUUGAAAGCGUGCAACAAAGACAUGGCUUACCCAGAACCAUCAUGGACGCUAAUAAUUUAGAUCUGAGUCCUGGAAACCAUAAUCGACUGAGAUCAAAUUCAUUGCAAGAUAACCAGGGAUCGCAAACUAGUUUGAGCGGUAGUUCAAUAAAUGGCUCUGUUGAACGCAUACCGAUGCCCAGCUCAUAUCAACAGCAGUCUCUAAUGCAGCACAUGCGUUCAAAAUCGGAAGAAGCUGAGCAAAUAGCGAUCGAUCCCAAUGUAAAUCGAAGUGUAUCUGACUGUACGGGUUUGCGGAGAUCUUUUCGAAUUCCGUUCGAACGAAUGGUCGUGGGUCGAAGAAGCAUACGUAAAAGCAGGAUAGACGAGAUAAAAUAUCGAAAUAAUUCCAGCGGUUUAUCAUCAAUACCUCAGCAGCGACCCAUUGGAAAUUCUCUGCAACGCAAACCUUUGAACAUGACUUCGCUGGAUUUAGAGUUAGAAUUGCAAGCUGCUUAUUCCAAACAGGAAAAACUGAACGAGGAAAUUUCUCGUCUGAAGGAAAUAAAGACAUCCAUAGAAACAGAGGGAGAACAUAAUGGAACAGAGGGGGGACAUGAUCUUCCCCAAUGGCUACUAGAAAAUGGGCACAGAUUUGAUGCUUUGCUGGACGAGGCUAAAAAGGAGGUAUCGUCUCAUUUAUCUGGCCAGACGACGUUCUUAAAUAGUUCUACAAAAUUCACAAAUUUAGCCAAAACGGAUCCAAAACAGGCAAACAUGAUUGGUUUUCAUGAUAAAAUGCGUUUCUUCACUACACAAAAACCGAAUGUACCGCCCAACCCCGAUGUCCACUGGGUAUGAUCUAUAAUAAAAACACAGAAGUUUAGUGAAAACUUAACUUUAAAAGAAUAAACAAGAGACUAUUUUUAUUGGUUAUAAAUUUUGGUGAAUUAUUGAAUCUAGAGAAAUCGAGAGGUCUUUUCUUCUUAAGAGGGAAACGGUCUUGUACUUUCUCCAAGUCUUCAGUUACCUUACACAGCACCAUGACAUUUUUUAGAAGCUUGCACUCUAGCACAGUCUGUUCUAUCUUUUCAACCCCUUAAAACAUUUCCAGUUAGUUUAAGUUUUAUUGACGAAACAUAUUUAAGAGGAGAAUUACAUUUUGACUCGAUUACAUAUCUUGCUCGAUGUGCCAACCUAUUGUGUAAUAAACUAUUUUGUGUAAGAAAACUUAUUUAUUACAUGUGAAUUUCGAAUUGCAAAAUAUUACCACUUAGCAUUAUUUUUUGAAUGUAUAUGUUCUUUUCUAAGAGCGAAGAAUCCAACAUAUAUUUUUCUAAGCUUUUUAUCGUUACAUACCUGUACAUCUUAUGUAUAAAUAGAUUUUUUUUUGUUCUUA